GCGCCCCCGGAGCGGGCGGUGACGCGCACGGGCAGGCGCCGGGCUGCGGUGCGGCUCCCGGAAAGGAACGGAUCCUCCAGGAAGCCGGGUCCGUGUUGUCGCCGCCGCCACGUCCGUCGCGCUGCGGUGGCCGUGAUGCGCUCCGCUCGCAGCUUCCGGCUGCCGGGAGCCCCGGCCGCCAAAUCGGGCGCUGCCCAGCAGGAAUGCUCUGACUCCGGGAGGACCCCAUCAUUUCUGUAAUGGUGUGUGAGGACUGCUCCUAGAAGAGUGCCUGACCUCUGAUCCAUCAGCAUGGGGAGGAUCGGCAUCUCCUGUCUUUUUCCUGCCUCCUGGCAUUUUAGCAUCUCUCCGGUGGGGUGUCCUCGAAUUCUGAACACCAACUUACGCCAGAUUAUUGUUAUUAGUGUUCUGACUGCCGCUGUUUCACUUUUAUACUUCUCUGUUGUCAUAAUUCGAAAUAAGUACGGACGGCUAUCCAGAGACAAGAAGCUUCAAAGGUACUUGGCACGAGUUACUGACAUUGAAGCUACAGACACCAAUAACCCCAACGUGAACUACGGUGUCGUGGUGGACUGUGGUAGCAGCGGGUCUCGGAUAUUUGUCUAUUGCUGGCCGAGGCAUAAUGGCAAUCCUCAUGAUCUUCUGGACAUCCGCCAAAUGAGGGAUCAGAACCGAAAGCCAGUGGUUAUGAAAAUAAAGCCUGGCAUUUCAGAAUUUGCUACCUCUCCAGAGAAAGUCAGUGAUUACAUUUCUCCACUCUUGAACUUUGCUGCAGAACAUGUACCACGGGCAAAACACAAAGAGACGCCUCUCUAUAUUCUCUGCACAGCUGGAAUGAGAAUCCUUCCUGAAAGCCAGCAGAAAGCCAUCUUGGAAGACCUUCUGACUGACAUCCCCGUUCACUUUGACUUUCUGUUUUCUGACUCUCAUGCAGAAGUAAUUUCAGGGAAACAAGAAGGUGUGUAUGCUUGGAUUGGCAUUAAUUUUGUCCUUGGACGAUUCGAGCAUAUUGAAGAUGAUGAGGAGGCGGUUGUGGAGGUUAACAUUCCCGGCAGCGAAAGCAGGGGAGCCAUCCUCCGUAAACGGACAGCUGGUAUUCUCGACAUGGGAGGCGUGUCGACCCAGAUAGCGUACGAAGUUCCCAAAACUGUAAGCUUUGCCUCCUCACAGCAGGAAGAAGUCGCUAAGAACCUGUUAGCUGAAUUUAACUUGGGAUGUGAUGUUCACCAAACCGAGCACGUGUACCGGGUCUACGUGGCCACGUUUCUUGGGUUUGGUGGCAACGCUGCUCGACAGAGAUAUGAAGACCGAAUAUUUGCCAGCACAGUUCAGAAGAACAGGCUCCUGGGGAAGCAGACGGGUCUGGCCCCGGACACUCCAUUCCUGGACCCCUGCUUACCCCUGGACAUUAAAGAUGAAAUCCAGCAAAAUGGGCAGACCAUUUACCUCCGGGGAACAGGGGACUUUGACCUGUGCCGAGAGACCAUCCAGCCUUUCAUGAAUAAAACAAACGAGACGCAGACCUCCCUCAACGGGGUCUACCAGCCCCCCAUUCACUUCCAGAACAGCGAAUUCUAUGGUUUUUCGGAGUUCUACUACUGCACUGAGGAUGUGUUACGAAUGGGGGGGGACUACAACGCUGCUGCUUUCACUAAAGCUGCAAAGGAUUAUUGUGCAACAAAGUGGUCGAUCCUGCGGGAACGCUUUGACCGAGGACUGUACGCUUCGCACGCCGACCUCCACAGGCUGAAGUAUCAGUGCUUCAAGUCUGCCUGGAUGUUUGAGGUGUUUCACAGGGGCUUUUCGUUUCCUGUCAACUAUAAAAAUUUAAAGACUGCCUUACAAGUUUACGACAAGGAGGUUCAGUGGACCCUCGGAGCAAUCCUUUACAGGACCCGGUUUUUACCCUUAAGAGACAUCCAGCAGGAGACCUUCCGGGCCAGUCACGCUCACUGGAGGGGCUUCUCCUUCGUCUACAAUCACUACCUGUUCUCAGGCUGCUUCCUAGUGGUCCUGCUCUCCAUCCUGCUCUACCUGCUGCGACUCCGGCGCAUUCACCGGCGGCCGCCCCGCGGCGCCGCGGCGGCCGCCCUCUGGCUGGAGGAGGGCCUGCCGGCCCAGACGGCCCCCUGAGCUUAGGAGCGGAACUUGAGAGCCCAGACUUUCUGAAGGAAAAGCCAUUUUCGCCUCAGGGUUUCUCUUUAUUCUCACUCGGCUUUGAUUUUCCUUUCCUUUUUUGUUCCUUGAAACAAAAACAAAAUUCGUUGUUUGUGAGUUCUGUUGUCCAGAAAGUGUUGCCUUUAGCCAUACAGCUUUAAGUGGAGGAAAAGGGAAAAUGACUUCGUUUUUGCUGCACAAGAUAUGGACUAAGGUUUUUGGCUUUUCUUGGAAGGAUGUUAAAUUUCAAAUAGAUGCACUUUGCGUGGCAGAGUGUUGGAGGGAACGGCAAAGCUGCUUCCCGUCAGCGGGGGCGGCACUGAGUGUCGUGUUCUCGGGACCAGAACCUGACUGGCGCAAGUCGUAGUCCUCUUUUCGUCCAUCUCAAAAGAGGGUGGUAUAUAGUUUUCACUUAUUGUUCAGGUCUGUCACUGUAUGUUUUCUUUGUAGGUUUAAAAACUCAAAGCCAUUUAUACCCAAGACAGACAUGCAGGCACCAGAAGGUAACUGAUAGUUUUGGAAGAUGUGAUAUGAUGACUAGAGCAGUGCGUGUGCAUAUGCGUGUGUGGUGUGUGUGUGUGUGUGUGUGUGUGUGUGUGAAAGAGAGAGAAUGUGUGUUUGUGAGAAAUUGUGAGAGUGUGAGAAUGUGUAUGAGAGUGAUAGAAAGUAUGAGAAUGAGUGUGAGAAAGUGAGAGAAUGUGUGAAAGUAUGAGUGCGGAUGUGGGUGUGAGAAAAGAGAAUGUGUGUGUGUGUGUGUGUGUGUGUGUGUGUAGGAGGAGUGUGUGUGAGAGAGGGAAUGUGUAUGAAAAAGAAAUGCUAAGGGAGAAGGAUGAGAAAAUGCAGUGCUCUUGCUUUAAAAGACACACACACUACAAAAUUUACUGUUUCGUUUCUUAUUGCCUAGAAAAAUCCCCAUUACCAUUCAUUCAUUGUCUUUCCCGACCACAGGUAGACUUUCUUGGUCCCACCUUUCACCAGCCUUAGAAUAUUGUGUCUUUGAGUGAGUUGGAAAAUCCCUCAAGUUUCACUGGGUUCGAAGUCUUUAGAACUAGAGCUUGUGCCUCCUGACAGGCACGUCAGCAUUUCUUAGUGGUAUGUUGUUCCCGGCUUAGUUGUGCCCCAGUUUCUUCCAACUUCAAGUUGGUGUUCCCUCCUUAAUUGAAAGAGGCCUCAGUGGUUUUAUUUUGGAGAUGCCCAUACUUACAGGUUCUUUUUAUUACAGCCAUGACUGAGGCCACGGUGGUAAUAUCACUGUAAAUCCAGACUAAGAGAAGGGUCUGACUUUAAUAAGAAAUAAGCUCACACUUUGAGAAAACAAAUUCGACAUUUUAAACAAAAACCUAAAGAGGACAACAGGAUUGCUGUAUGUGGGAUCGGAUGUUUUACACCUAUUCAUUUUGCUUAGAAGCUUUGGGAAUUCUCACACCUAGUUUUUGUACGUGAAGUUCUUUUUAUGAGUGCGCGUGUGUGCAUGCAGGCUGUUUCUUAAUGCCAGAACGCUGAAAUUCAUUUGGUUGGUAGCAAAUGUCUAUGUGAAGAAUCAUCAGCUCCUUUUUCAGACAUUGUGGAUUAGAGAACGGAUUUGGAUCCUGAAGCCCUUAUUUAACUUAGGUGUUUAUCUUGUUUAUUAUUUAAAACAUGGCAUACUGUAUCUUGGUGACUUGAAAAGAUUACAAAUGUAUAAAAGAAAUGCAAAUUCUCUUACUCUGCUCUUCGCAGUGAAUAUUUUAACAGUGCAAAAGUUAUUGGCAGAAUAUUGGUCUCGCAGACCUACGGAAGGUUCGAGGAGGCGUGUGCCGGUACAGCCUCUGACGUGUGUGCUCUGGUCUCAAAGAAGACGGAGCUAAAUGUCCCCAUGAACAGUCCAGCUUCUGAAACGCUGGUCUCCAGCUGUUUAAGUCCCUGGUCCCUGGUAAACCCUGGUCCUUAUCAAGACCCAGCCACCCAUGCGCAGUGUUUUAGACACCCCAGAAGUAGAGUGAGCUGCGUGCUCAACCUUGAAUCCUCUGACGAGUUCUGUAGACCAGGUGGCAUCAGUGGGGAAGAGGAAGCAUGUUUACAUGUUAGCUCUUCUAUUGCCAACCACUGGGAGUAGUAAGUGACUUGGAGUAUGUGAUUUUGCCUUUAAAAUCAAGGCAAGGAUUAGCCGGCAUAGGCCUAGAUUGAAAUGGGCUUUAAUUAAUACUUCCUUCCACAAAUAGCCACUUUUUAAGUGGAGCGCAUGUGCCAAUUUGGUCCGGCUCUGCCCUUGGGGGUGGGCAUGGGGGGCAGAAUCGAGACAAUCAGUUCUGCUCUGCGCCUGGUCUAAGGAUCCAUCUGCAAGGACCUACCUCAGGCUUCAAAAGAAAUCCCAAGUCAAGAUUCCAAGGCCCGAACAACCUUACACUUUACGCAGUUAAGUGCGCAUGUGCCCCUGCCAAAGAACUCCCCAGGGGACGGCUUGGCAAACUAUUGGCCAUGGGGAAAUUCUAGAAGGCACUUGAGCUCAGAAUGGUUUUUCUAUUUUUAAAAGGUUGUUAAAGGGGAAAAAAAGGGUAUGUGUGUCUGUGUGUGAGAAUAUGUAACAGAGAGUAUAUGUGACCUGUGGAGCCUAUAAUACUAAAUGUCCCUUUACAGACAGACGUCCCUUAAAGACAUUCUCUGACCCCUGUGCAAAUAACCCCAUUCAGGAAAGCCUACGCACCACGUUCUCUUAGUUCAGGAGGCUGGUUACCGUGUAUGGGCACAAAGAUGGGCCAGAGGAGUGACCAGCUUUCAGUCCUAAGACAUUUGUGCAUGUACCAGAAUUCCACUGCUUAUCCAUCCCUCUAGUUUAUUUUCAAGAUCAGUUUCCCAGUAAGCCAGCAAACAUGGCGGUCCCCCACAGGUGCUGUUCAGGAGGGCUCACCAUGUUGUGUUGGGAGGUCUGCGUUCUCCGGAGGAUCUCAUGUGGGUAUUUCUGAUGCAGGGGGGUAGGGAGAGAGGCAAGUACGGGAGGAGCUUAAUUCAGGAGAGGAGUUUGUAUCAGUUAAGGGCUGGCCAAGAAGGCAGGGAACUCGGAAUACUUAGAAUAGAAAGCAAAAGAAAUUGGACCGGAUGGAACUCACCAGCAGCUUUGCGGAAGAAAAGACCCUGUGCCGAGACUUGCUGGGACUGCUCCAGCAGGAGACGCCCUCCUGUCGUCACCCUGUGCGCUGCUGCUUUCCAGGCCCUCAAGGACGCUCGCCUUUGAAGGCCAUCACUGUAACAGUACAAACACACCCAUUUGUACUAGUGCUUUUUGCGUACUUUCACCCUGAACUGCUGGCCUUGGGCCGCGCUCCCUGGCCUGGGGGGUUAAGCUGGAGAGGGUGCGUGUGCGCCUGGUCCUGCUGGGCAGCUGGGAAGGUCACUGGGUCACACCUGCGCCCUCCGGUUGGCAAGCUCCAGACGACAGAUAUUUAAAGUUUAAAUAUCAGGCCUGCAUAGAAUAGUCUUCCUUAGAAGAAGCAUGUGUAAUUUAGCAAGAAACUCAGAAAGGCAAAUGUGUUUUCUAAGCUUUAAACAAAAAAAAAAUCAGCUUUAGGAUUUUGUGUGGUUAUAUGUGCAAUGCAGCAAAACUACCUACAUGUGAAUUAUUUAGUUAUUUAUGUCUACUUCAGUGUUUUCUUCUUUAUGAUAUUGCUUUUUCGAUUCAAUAAUGAAUGACGUGACCAACCGAGGAAAAUUCUUUGUUCUGUCACUGAGGUGAUAUCUUACAGUUAGGAUUUACAAAAACUAAGGGAGAUCUUUAAAUGUUUUUUUUUUUUUAAUUUAAAUGAUGUUUUCCGUUCAAGGUAAGGGUAAUUACCGUUGGGGUACUGUGGGAUCCGAUUGUUUUCCGUAUUUGGCAGCCUCAUGUUGCCACACUUGCACCCAGAUGGUGUUGAGAGCCAAUAAGAUGAAAGCUCGCCCCUGGCCCGUACACUCUGGUGAGUUUGCUUUCUUAGGACUGAAAUAGAGUCUUCUCUGAUGUUUGAGUCCUGUCACCUGUUAGAAUGCUUAGUUGAGCUUGAAUCUCAAUUCAGUACAAUAAAUUGUCUGAGCCUGACUGCA